UGGAUCAGUUUGUGAUUUGACAGUUUAACACACAGCAACGUGUUUUUAUUAUCGAAACUAACAAUUUUUAAAUAAUCAUGUGCUCUGAAGAUAAAAAGCCUUUGUUCAGGGAUCUGACUGCUGAAGAUCCAGAUCCUGAAGUGACUGAAAUUGAGUCUUUUUGUUUCAAUUGUCACGCGAAUGGUAUGACUCGGCUUCUUCUAACCCGAAUACCAUUUUACAAGAAUGUCGUGAUAAUGUCGUUUUCCUGCGAAGAGUGUGGGUUUGAGAAUAAUGAAAUACAACCUGGUGGGGCGUACGCUGAGCUUGGAGUUCGAUGGAAACUCCGUGUAGAAGAUCCCAUAGAUUUAAACAGACAAGUCGUUAAAAGCGACUACACGACAGUACGUAUACCGGAAUUGGACUUUGAGAUACCAGCACAGAGUCAGAAGGGAGAAGUAACAACAGUUGAAGGUAUCAUUAGCAGGGCGAUGGCAGGUCUCAGCCAGGAUCAGGAGGUGCGGAGACAGCAACAUCCAGAUGCAGCGAGCCAGAUCGACGGGUUUGUUCAGCGUAUGCAGGUCUUGAAGAAUGGCGAGAAACCGUGGGUGCUGGAGUUGGAAGACAUUAGCGGCAAUUGCUUCAUAGAAAAUCCAGAGGCACCAAAGAAGGAUCCGAGGUGCGAGAGGUCUGACUUCAAACGGAGCAAGGAACAGAACAAUACUCUUGGAAUAUACAUGCCGGAAGAGGCGUCGCUGUCGGGCGCGCUGUCGGCCUGCGACCCCGAGCUGAACAGCUACGAGCGGCUCGUGGCGGACGAGGUGCUGCAGUUCCGCACCAACUGCCCCGACUGCAACGCGCCCGCCGACACCAACAUGAAGAUCACCAACAUACCACAUUUCAAGGAAGUGGUCAUCAUGGCGACUGUUUGCGAGGCGUGUGGUCACCGUACUAACGAGGUGAAGUCGGGAGGUGGCGUUGAAGAUCAGGGCGUCAGAUUCGAAGUAAGGAUUGCCAAUAGAGAAGACUUCUCAAGAGACGUGCUUAAGUCUGAAACCUGCAGCAUGUCAAUACCGGAGCUGGAUUUGGAAGUGGGGGGUCGAGCCCUGGGCGGCAGGUUCUCCACUGCAGAGGGCCUCGUGCGCGCCACGUUGGAUCAGAUCAGAGACGCGCCCACGUUACAGGGGGACGCUCCCAAGCUUGCUAAGGAGAACUUGGAGAAGUUCACAGAGAAGUUACAGGAGGUUUUAGAGGGCAAGCGAGCCAUCACUCUUAUAUUGGACGAUCCAGCGGGGAACUCCUAUGUGCAGAAUUUAAAUGACGAUCCUUCUAUGUUUGACGAUGGGCUUAAAGUUACUAGGUAUGAAAGAACAUACGAGCAGAACGAUGAACUCGGCCUCAACGACAUGAAGACUGAGGGCUACGAGGCAGAAAGCUGAAACUAAUGCAUUAAACAAUAACAGGAUUGCCAUACUUUAAUAUCAUAGACACUAAUGAUUGAUUUUUCUAACCAUAGACAAAUUUUCUAUUUUUUUUUUUUAAUAUAGAGUAUAUUUAUAAUAAACUAGUAUUGUGGCAAUGUGGUGGAAUAUCCAAAUGAGUUAUAUUUACAGCAUUUAUGUGAAGAUCACUGGGUGACGUUGGACAUCGGGUUGGAACGAAGUUGCUUCCACUAUAUAUUGUAUACUAGCAUAAACUGCGAUUUUUUCCCAAGCGAAUUUUUAAAACACAACCUUUCUACCCUUUUAACCUCCUUAAGGGUGGAGUUGCGUGAAAUCUGUUCUUAACAGAUGUCUACUCCCUAUAAGGAACCUACCUUCAAUUUUGUUAUAUAGUUUCUGAAAUUUCGUCCUUAACCAGUGGCUGGUAUUUCGCUUUUAUGUAUAUAAUAAAUAUAUAAAAAAAAUAUUUAAACAAUAUUAUGUAAAACUAUAUACAAAAGAAAAAGAAAGGCAGGAAAAUGUCACCUGAAGAAGUAUAACGCCCUCUACGUUACGAUUUCUGUACUGUAAGCCGCUUAAAGAACUUCGUUCCAAAACGUUGGUGAAUAACUGUAAUCCGUAGUGAGAAGUGAGUCGAGCUGGCACAGUGGUUAGAACGCGUGCAUCUUAACCGAUGAUUUCGGGUUCAAACCCAGGCAG